UUAUUGUUCUGUUCGUUUCCAUUCAUUUUUUUUUCUCUCUCUCUCUCUCCUUCGAGAAUUCUCCAUAAACAAGAGAGAAAAAAAAAAUAGACCAAUACAUCGAAAUUCUUUCUCUGUUUAGACUUGUGAUUUGUUUGGAAAUUGAUAUUUCGAGUGUGUCUUAUCGGUUGAAUCGUAGCAAUUGUUGGGUUCAUUUUUUUUGGGCAAAUAUGGCGGUUUAGUUGACUCUAUACAUUUCGGCCGAAAGAGAUCCAAAAGUCUCUUAUUUUCCAGAGCAUUUGAGCCGAUCGCCGACUUCAGUCCGGUGGUUUACAUGCCGAGUAAGAAUUGAAGAUUCACAGGGUUUGAUUUUAAUGUUUCUUUCCUUAAACGCCAAUUGGUUCUGCUGCUAAGAGGGAAAGAAAAAAAAAAGUUAAAGGGGAACUGCGCGUUUUCUCUCUCUACAUAAUACACACAUUCUCUCUCUCUCCCUCUCUCUCUAACUCGUGGGGGCUGUUGAGGCUGGACUCGUGUAAUGUUGGGGUUCGGAGGAGUUCACAACUGAGCGAUGGGUGGUCUAAUGGGCUUUGUCUAAGAGAUGGGGUACCUUCGAUUCCUCUACAGAUCGUGAGAAAGUCAAACGCUUGAUCUAAUUCUGUACAACCACAGCAAUUUGGACACCACAUCAAUUUGGAUUCAAACUCCCCCAAAUCUCUCAACACGUUUCAACACCAAUCAAAGAUGAUGAGAAUGAAGACUAAAACGACAGGGCUGUCACCAACCAAUGGCGGCUCAGGCGGAGGCGGAGAGUGGGAGGUGAGACCCGGAGGAAUGCUGGUUCAGAAGCGAACAGAUUCAGAUCAAAGCCGAGUCCCACCACCCACCAUCCGUGUUCGAGUCAAAUACCGGUCCAUUUACCACGAACUCAAUAUCAGCUCUCAAGCCACCUUCGGGGAAUUGAAGAAGAUGCUGUCUGGGCCGACGGGACUGCACCACCAGGAUCAGAAGCUGCUGUUCAAGGACAAGGAGAGGGACUCCAAUGCCUUCCUUGACAUGUCAGGAGUCAAGGACCGAUCGAAGAUCGUUUUGGUUGAGGACUCAAUUAGCCAGGAGAAGCGGUUUCUUGAGAUGCGAAAAAACGCAAAGAUGGAGAAGGCUUCGAAAUCAAUCUCUGAGAUCAGCUUGGAGGUCGAUAGGCUUGCCGGGCAGGUGUCAGCUCUUGAAUCAGUAAUCUCUAGAGGUGGGAAAGUUGUAGAGAAGGAUGUAUUGAAUCUGACCGAACUGUUGAUGAAUCAACUGCUUAAAUUGGAUGGGAUUAUAGGUGAUGGGGAUGUGAAUUUGCAGAGGAAAAUGCAGGUGAGAAGAGUGCAGAAAUAUAUUGAGACUCUUGAUCUGUUGAAGAUCAAAAACUCAAUGCCUAAGAGCAAUGGAAGUCAAAUUCCACAGCCGCAAGCCCCAUUUCAACAACAGAAGUACUCGAACGGGCAAAUAUCCUCACCAAAUCAACAGCAGCAAGUGAGGCGGUCGGUUGGGCAUUUGCCAAUACAAACACAACCCCUGCCGCCACAUCAACCGCCAAGGCAUUCAACUUCUGGAGCAGUUGUCAUAACCACACAAUGGGAGACAUUUGAUUCUGGGCCAGCCAUGGUGCCAGGGCACCCUUCAAUGUCCACUACUGCAUCAACCACCACCACCGUCAAUUCAGUACAACAUCCAAAAUUCAAUUGGGAUUUGCUUUGAGUAAGUAGUGAACCAAGUAUCUGUUCUAGUGUGUGUGGAUGAGUGUUUUGGAUUUGCCUCGAGUUGGUUUGGUAUCUUAUUCUCCAUUCUUUUCUGUAUUUAGAUUUGUUAGCACCCCCCCUUUUUAUCUGUCCUUCAGUUCAGAAAAUAAAUGGGGUACUUUAUUAUAGCCAAUAAUAUUACUUUGUUCUUUUCUAUUUCUUUGCUAUCCUCCCAAGUCAUUGCCAUUUGUAUGUUUCUGGCUUUGACAGUUAUAACAGUGUCUCUAUGUAGAUUUGUUACUUGAGAUGUUAGGAUUUUAAGUGAAUCAUAAGUGCAUGUGGAACUCAAAAA